AUGUCUACUGUUCAAGUUGACGAAGACCUUUAUAGCCGCCAACUCUAUGUCCUUGGUGUUGAUGCUAUGAAAAAAGUCGUUUCUUCCUCAGUCCUCAUCUCCGGAAUGGGCGGUGUUGGUGUUGAAAUUGCAAAGAACAUCAUUCUUGCCGGUAUCAAGAAUGUUACAAUUCAAGACACACGCACAGUCACAAUGCUCGAUUUAGCUGCUCAAUUCUAUCUCGAUGAGUCUAAAAUUGGCAAGAAUCGUGCAAUUGCCUGCUACAAUGAACUUAUUGGCCUUAACAACUACGUAUCCGUCGCUGUUGACACAGAUGAAAUCACAGAAGAAUCAAUCAAGAAAUACAACUGCGUAGUUUUAACAGAUUGGAGAUCCCUUGAACAGAUCAAGAAGAUCGCCGCUAUCUGCCAUGCCAACAGCAUCAAAUUAAUUGUUGUUGACUGCCGUGGUGUCUUUGGUUACAUUUUCACAGACUUUGGCGCUUCAUUUGUUUCAAAUGAUGCAAUUGGCGAACGUCCAUCCAGAUUCCUUAUCAACAUGAUCACAAACGCCGAAGAAGGUAAGGUUACAUGCGAUGCCGAUGAGCCACACCAUCUUUCUGAUGGAGAUCACGUCAGAUUCGAAGAAGUCGAAGGCAUGACAGAGGUCAACGACAAGGAGUUCGAAGUCAAGGUUAUUUCUCCAAGACAAUUUACCAUUGGAGAUACAACAAAAUUCGGCCAAUAUACAUCAGUCCACAGAUCUGGCUACGGCAACCAAGUUAUUGUUCCAAAGGAGUUCCAUUACAUGGCAUUAGAAGAAGCCCUCAACCACGUCAACGAAAAGAUCGUCCAGUUCGAUUGGGGCUGCUUCGGCCGCGAUCAACAAGUUGUUCUCGCUUUCCUCGCUAUGUCAAAGGUCAUUGAACAAACAAACAGUCCGAAAAUUACAGAGGAGCAGCUCUUGGCCGCUGCCAAAGAGCUCAAUUCCGCUCAUAAAAUCGUUGAUGAGAUUGAUGAGAAGCUCUUCAAGUUGUUCGCUAUGGGAACAGAGUCCGUCAUCUCCCCAACAUGCGCCGUCUUCGGCGGCAUUGCUGGCCAGGAAGUUCUCAAGGCUGUUUCCUCCAAAUUUACUCCAAUCGACCAAUUCCUCGGUAUCGGCUACAUCGAGGCCCUUCCAACAGAGCCAAAGAUCGCUUUGACAGGCGACCGCUACGAUCCAUACCGCAUGAUUUUCGGAAAUGAGCAACAGGAGGCCAUGCAGAACCUCCGCUACUUCAUGCUCGGUGCCGGAGCUCUUGGCUGCGAGAUGCUCAAGAACUGGGCCAUGAUGGGCGUCGCUACAAAAGGAAAUGGCGGAGUCAUCGUCACAGAUAUGGAUUCCAUCGAGCGCUCUAACCUCAACAGACAGUUCCUCUUCAGAGACAAGGAUAUCGGCAAGAUGAAAUCAACAGCAGCUGGAGAAGCAGCCAAAGUCAUGAACAAAGACAUCAAAAUCGAAGCCCAUACAAACAGAGUCGGAAAAGAGUCCGAAAACAUUUACAACGACGAUUUCUUUACACAAUUGUCCGGAGUUUGCAAUGCUUUGGAUAAUGUCCAAACACGUCUUUAUUCCGACCAACAGUGCGUUUUCUACAAGAAGCCAAUGCUCGAGUCCGGUACUUUGGGCACAAAGGCUCACUACCAGAUGAUUAUUCCAUAUCUUACAGAAAGUUACUCAUCAACAGCCGAUCCACCAGAGAAAGAUAUUCCACAAUGCACAUUACAUAACUUCCCAUCCAACUUGGACCACUGCUGCAUGUGGGCUCGUGAUAUUUUCACUGGAUUGUUCGAAUCAAUGCCAACAUCGAUCAACAAGUACAUUACGGACGAAGACUACAUCUCUACAAUGCAGGUCAAUGACCCAGGAAGCGUUUUACCAACACUCAGAACGAUCAAAUAUUUCAUGGUCGACCACCAUCCAAAGAACUUCUCAGAUUGCGCCAGAAUAGCUCGCGGCAAGUUCGAAGAGCUCUUUGUCGACAAGAUCAACGAGUUACGCACACAAUUCCCAAGAGAUUACGUUUCUGAGACAGGUGUUCCAUUCUGGACCGGAAACAAGAGAUUCCCAUCCCCAAUCUCCUUCGACAAGACCAAUGUUGAGCUUGGCAACUUCAUCCGCUCUACAUCUCAGAUUCUUGCCCGCAUUUUCAACAUCAAACCAGAAGGAGAUGCCGUAGAACUUGCUUUUGCCAACGAAGCAAUCAAAGCCACAGCUCCUGUCCGUGAUGCAUCAGCAGAUCCAUUGACACAAGACGAAAUCGAGAAAGAAAACCUCAUCAAGGAACUUUCCGCAGCCAAAUCAUCCUUCCACAAGGUCAACCAAGAGGAAUUCGAGAAGGACGAUGACUCAAACGGCCACAUGGACUUUGUUGCCUCAGCAGCAAACUUAAGAGCAUCAAACUACGAAAUCCAGAACGCAUCCAAAUUAGAGAUCAAGAGAAUUGCAGGAAAGAUCAUUCCAGCCAUUGCCACAACAACAGCAAUGAUCUGUGGAUUUGUCUCUCUCGAGAUGUACAAGAUCCACUCAAUUCAGCCAAAGAAGUUGACUGAUUUCAGAUCAGGAUUCAUCAACUUGGCAUUGAGUUUGUUCUCUAUCUCAGAACCAGGCGAAUGUCCAAAGAAGAAAUGCACUGCAACAAAUGAGGAAUACUCACUCUGGACAACAUGGGAUAUCGAGGGAGAUGUAACUGUUCAGGAGUUCAUCGACCAGGCAAAGCAGAAAUACAACGUUGUUGUUGAUAUGAUCACUGUUGGUUCUUCCCUUGUUUACAUGAGUUACAUGAAUCCUCCUGAGAAGAAGAAGCAGAGAUUGAACACUAAGAUUACUAAUAUUUUGAAGAAUGAACUUAAACAGCCGAUCAAUGAGGGACAGAUCUAUGUAAAUGUUACACCUGUUUGUGUCGAUGAGGAUGAUAACGAAGUAGAAACACCUGCUUUCCGUAUAGUUCUUAAGAAGUAA